AUGGUCGUCACUCUCCUCAUCAUCAUGCAUCGCAAGCCGAGCCUCUCGCCCGCCGAGUUCAGGCAAGAAUACGAAGCCCACAUCGAGCUCAUCAAACAUCUAACAGGCGAGCUGUUCCCGCUCUCGCAUCGCCGCACGUACAUUGCGCGGACGUCCUCUGCGCCAACGCCAGCUGCACCCGUGCCCGUGCCCGUGCCGGUGCCUUCUGCGCCUGCAUCUACACCUACACCUACAACGUCAAAGUCCCCCACGAGUCCGCACCCAACUACCAGCACCAGCCCGACGACCACCGAAACCGCCCCAGAACCGCCAGCCUGCAUCUCCCUCCAUCCCCCCUCAACCGCCUCCUCCCUCUUCGGCUUCGACGUCAUCUCCGAAGCGACGUUCGGCGACGACGGGGAAUACGAGCGCUUCAUCGCGCGCAUGGGCGAGCCGGCUGUGCGGGCGCAGGUCGCGGCGAAUAUCACGCGGUUUGCGGAGGCCGCGGCGGUCAGUCUUGGGGUUGUGGGGGAUGUGAUAGAGACGAGGAGGGAGUGUGAUUGGGGGUGGGAUGUUGGGGGAUAA